UCUUUCAGUUUCUCUCCUUUGGAUCCUCUUGAUCGGUAUCUAUGGCAACCAUUUCCAAGCUCCCUAACCCCAACCCAACAGCUUCUCUUCCUUUAUCUUUCAAACCCAGAUCUUCUUUUACCCAGAAAUGCUUCCUUGGGUUCCAAACCAAGCCUGGUUUUAACUCAGAGCUGGUUUCCGCUACUUGCUUCUCUUUCACAAGCAACCACCCUUCCAAGGGUCCCUUGGUGGUCAGAUGUUCUGUUGGUGAUGGAAAUGGUACAACAGUGAAGAGGACUACUUUACAUGAUCUUUAUGAAAAAGAAGGGCAGAGUCCAUGGUAUGACAACCUUUGCAGGCCGGUGACCGAUCUGCUUCCGCUUAUCGAAAAUGGGGUUAGAGGUGUUACUAGUAACCCUACGAAUUUCCAGAAAGCUAUAUCGUCUUCGAAUGCUUACAAUGAUCAAUUCAGGGAACUUGUGCAGUCUGGAAAAGAUAUCAAACGUGCAUAUUGGGGGUUGGUUGUGAAGGACAUUCAAGAUGCCUGCAAACUUUUUGAGCCAAUCUAUGAUCAAACAGAUGGAGGAGAUGGUUAUGUUUCCGUCGAGGUUUCUCCUAGACUUGCUGAUGAUGCUGAAGUGACUAUCGAGGCUGCCAAACUUCUUCAUAAAGCGGUCGAUCGUCCCAAUGUGUACAUCAAGAUCCCUGCGACAGCACCAUGCAUUCCUUCGAUCAAGGAAGUUAUUGCAAAGGGCAUAAGCGUGAACAUCACUCUCAUAUUCUCGCUUGCUAGAUAUGAAGCUGUCAUCGAUGCUUACUUGGAUGGCCUUGAGGCAUCCGGGCUGAGUGAUCUCUCUAGGGUUACAAGUGUAGCUUCCUUCUUUGUCAGUCGGGUAGACACCCUCAUUGACAAAAUGCUUGAAAAGAUUGGAACACCAGAAGCCCUUGAUCUCCGAGGAAAGGCCGCGGUAGCUCAAGCAGCUCUGGCAUACCAGCUCUACCAGAAGAAAUUUUCCGGUCCAAGCUGGGAGGCUUUAGUGAAGAAGGGAGCCAAGAAACAGAGGUUGCUGUGGGCCUCUACUAGUGUAAAGAACCCUGCCUACCCCGACACCCUAUACGUCGAUCCUCUUAUUGGUCCUGACACGGUUUCAACCAUGCCGGACCAAGCUCUCCAAGCCUUUAUAGAUCACGGCACAGUUUCGAGGACAAUUGACGUGAAUGUCUCUGAAGCCGAAGGCAUCCAUAGUGCACUUGAGAAGUUGGGGAUCGACUGGGCCUACGUUGGCUCACAGCUGGAAGAAGAGGGAGUGGAGUCAUUCAAGAAGAGCUUCGACAGCCUUCUCGACACCCUGCAAGAGAAAGCAAACUCUCUUAAAUCGGUUAGCAUGUAAAAAAAAAACCCCCGUUCUAAUAUGGUGGUUGAGCUAUUACAAGUGAA